AAAAAACCUUAAACAACACAAAAUCAAUGUUGUACUGUUUUUUUUCUUUUAGCAGGAAUAAAGAUCUAAUGUUUCUGUUCCAACCAAUGUUCUAAUAUCAUGAGGUUAUGGUGAUUACUAAGCCACGUUGAUGCAAUGCAAACACAGGAAUAGAAGAGAAAUCAAACCAUCUUUUUGUAACUUCCACUCCCUCCCUAUCUUCCUCUCUCUCUCUCUCUCUGGCCUCCCUUUUAUCACAAUCUAUAUCUCAUUCAUUUCAAUGGCUUCUGCUUCCAUAUCUGAUCAUUCUCUCUCCACGAAGAAGAAAAGGACAAAUGGCUCCGCGAAACUGAAGCAAAUCAAGCUUGAUGUUCGGCGUGAACAAUGGCUUUCUCGAGUCAAAAAGGGAAGUGAAGUUGAUGCAAAUGAAAGGGUUGAUCAUUGCCGUACAUCAAAGAACAAUGCCAGUGAAGAGAAUAAAUCAUUGAAGGAAAAUAGAAGGAAAAGAGGAGAGGAUAUUGCAGGUUCUUGCAUCCAGGGUAAUGAUUCAGGAUCCAUUAUAAAUAACUCCAUUCAAAAUAGUUUUGAUCUUGAUGAGUCAGGGAGUGAUUUCUCCGGGAGUAGCAGCAGCAGCAGUAGUAUGAGUGCUUGUUUCUCAGACAAUGUCAGUGACAAAGAAGUGGAUGAAUGCGUAGAUGACUGGGAAGUUGUUGCUGAUGCUUUAUAUGCAAAUGAUAAUCUGUGUUCUGUGGUUUCAGAAUCUUCUCCAGUUCAAGAACCUGUCAAGAAUAUCACAAAACCAGAGUUCAAAUCAGCGGUUCUUGAAUCACAUCCGAAUCACCGAGCAUGGAAGCCUGAUGAUGUUCUCCGGCCUCAGGGUUUGCCAGACCUCUCAAAGCAACAUGGCUCUGAGCUAAACACAAACUGGCAUGGUAACCACAAAACUGUACCUUGUUCAUGGCAAACAAUAAUGUCACAACAACCUCCUCAAUGUCCGAUCUGUUAUGAGGAUCUAGACAUGACAGACUCAUGUUUUCUUCCUUGUUCAUGUGGGUUUCAUCUCUGCCUAUUUUGUCACAAAAAGAUUGUUGAGGCAGAUGGCAGAUGUCCGGGCUGCAGAAAACCGUAUGAUCAUGCCUAUGUAAAUGUUGGAUUCAACGUAGGAGUCAAGGUUUUCCACUUUGCACAAUCUUUCAGUAUGAGUACAGGGUGCUAGGUUCUAGAUGACAGAUUUUUGUUUCUGGAAAACAUCAUGUAAAUGUUAUGUUUCUCCUAUCACUUGAUUCAUGAGAUCAAGUUUCAUCAAGAGUAUGAGUAUAGUGAAUAGGUAGAGGUUUAACUCAAGCAGAUAAAUAAGUUAUAUCUUUUGGUAAGUUUGAUUUGCAUUACCAUUGUUUUUUUCAUAUGUUAAUGCAGAAAACGUAGUUAACUUUGAAGAUUGAAAUUUGAAUGAGUC